GACGAUGCUGCCGCUGCCCGUGAUGAGGCUGCUGCUGCCCGUGAAUGGGCGGCUGCCCGUGACGACGCUUGUGCCCGUGACGCGGCUUCUGCUCGUGAUGCAGGUGCUGCUCGCGAUGCUGCUUGUGCCCGUGACGCAGCAGCUGAUGCUGAUGCUGCUGCACGUGAGGCUGCUUGUGCCCGUGCAGCUGCUUCUGCCCGUGACUGGGCUGCUGCCCGUGAUGUUGCUUGUGCUCGUGCUGCGGCCGCUGCUGCCCGGGACGCGGCUGCUGCUGCCCGAGAGGAGGCUGCUGCUGCCCGUGAAGCUACCGCUAUCCUUGAUGCUGCCGCUGCUGCCCGUGAUACCGCUGCUGGCGAUGCCGCUGCCCGUGAUACCGCUGCUGGCGAUGCCGCUGCCCGUGAUGCCGCUGCUGGCAAUGCUGCUGCCCGUGAUGCUGCUGCCCGUAACGCAGCUGCUGCCCGUGAUGCGGAUGCUGCCUAUGAAGAGGCUGCUGCCCGUGACGCAGCUACUUGUCGCCCCGGUUGGGAAGAGUUUGACGGUCACUGUUACAAAUAUGUCCCAAGAAAACUGAGUUGGAGUCGAGCUGAGCAAAACUGCUUGAACCUCAAUGCACACCUUGCAGCGGUGCACACUUUUGAUGAGUAUUCGUACAUUCAGAAGAUUAUACGAUUACACACUCAGACUAGUGCCGAAACCUGGAUCGGAGCCUCCAACUGCCAGCAGUCUAACGCUUGGCUCUGGAGUGAUGGCUCUAUCUUCUUCUGGACAUUCUGGUGUCAAGUGCAUCCUAAUCCAUACCCACAGGGAUGUCUCCAGAUGAAUACUGGAGGUAUACCACAACACUUUCUUUUUUUCUAAGUAUUUAUUAAGCAA